AUGACAAAUAGGCGCUCACGGGUUGCCUUUACACUGGCCCCCUUUCUCUACCCGCAUCUCACAAGUCCCUCCGUUCUUCGAAGCUCCCAGCGUACAUCCGCCGCUGUCACGACAGGCUUCACAACCACCUCCUUGACGCGCUCGCAGGUGCGCCGUUCUUCAUCGUCGUCCCCGAACCUUUCCAAUACUAGCGCCUCUGCCGUCAAUGGCAUCCCCGAGUCUCAUCUGAAUCCGGCACCCGACGACUAUGCCGCUCCCAAGUUCGCCGACAAGGCACAGAUCGCCCUAUAUGCAGGUCGCGGUGGCAAUGGCUGUGUCUCCUUCCUGCGAGAUAUGUUUCUGCCUGAGGGCCCUCCCAACGGGGGCGAUGGUGGGAACGGCGGAAAUAUUUACAUUCAGGCUGCCCCUGGAGAGACAUCCCUGUAUAAACUCGCCCGAAGACGCUUUGCGCGUGCCCCCGCCGGCAAGCACGGUCAGGGCAGUGCGAGGAGCGGCACCAGGGGCGAAGACGUCAUCAUCACGGUUCCCGUCGGCACUGUUGUGCGCGAGCUGGAGCGCUACGACCCCGUCGCAGAGGAGGAGACAAACCUCAAGAUUUGGCAGGACAUUGAGAAGCAGCGCAGGAAAGAAGAACGCAUUGCCGAGGAGGAGAGGAGGCGGAGGCUUAAGGGGAACCCCGAGGAGAAGGAAGAGUAUGAGGAGGCUAUCCGGUACUCGGGGAAUUCCGAACGAAGCCGCGAUAUCGAAGAGGAGGAGGAAGAUUGUUCCGAGGAAGGUGUGCAAGACCCCAGGAGGGACAAGUGGCUCCUCUACCCAGGAAUGACUAAGGGCGACAUGAAGGCUGCCGAGUUCCCCAAGCUUCCCCGUCGCGCCCGGCCCCUAUACCAGCCGCCGGGACCCAUCGUCCUCGACCUCUCCCGCCCGACGGAGCAGCCCAUCCUGCUAGCCGCCGGUGGUGUUGGUGGACUAGGAAACCCGCACUUCACGUCGCGCGCCCAUCCCCGGCCCGUGUUUGCAACCAAGGGGAGUGGAGGUGUGACGAUGAAGAUUGAGCUGGAGCUCAAGCUCAUUGCCGACGUCGGCCUCGUGGGACUGCCCAAUGCUGGCAAGAGCACGCUUCUGCGGGCGCUGACCAACAGCCGCACACGCGUCGGAAACUGGGCCUUCACCACUCUGCAGCCCAACAUUGGCACCGUCAUCCUGGACAAGUACUCUGGCCGCCCCACCGUUGCCGCCCGACCGGCCAACAGCGACUCGACGGACAAUACGGGGCCCCGGACUCGCUUCACAGUCGCCGAUAUCCCUGGUCUCAUCGAAGGUGCCCACCUCGACCGCGGCCUCGGCAUCGCCUUCCUCCGCCACGUCGAGCGCGCUGGUGUCCUCGCCUUUGUCAUCGACCUCGCGGCCGGCGACGCUGUGGCUGCCCUCGACGCCCUGUGGCGUGAGGUGGGCCUGUACGCUCGCAUGCGCCAGGCCGACGAGCAGGAGCGCGAGGCUGCCGAGCGCAUCGACUGGAGCCUGACGUCAGACUCCGAAGACUCUGGUCGCACCCUGACGGCGCAGGACAUGCUUGGCGCCCGACGCCAGCACGACGGGGACGAUAACCACAGCGUCCUGGCGCCCGGCGCGGAACGCAUCGCCAGCAAGCCCUGGUUCGUCGUCGCCACCAAGGCCGAUCUCCCCGAGACGCAGGCCAACUUUGGCAAGCUUAGGGCCUACCUCGACGCCAUCUCAAAGGGCGAGGCCCCCCACCCCAGCGGCGUCGAUGGUGCUUGGACAAAGAAUUGUACCGCUAUCCCCGUGAGCGCUAUCAACGGCCAGGGCGUCGACCGCAUUGUGCACUGGACGGCCGGCCUUCUCGAUCUAUAA